AUGUCGUUUUGGCCCGACUAUAGAUUAUUCUCCCACAAAAUGUCCACCGAUGAGCAUCUUCCUCCAUUCUUAAGAAAUGUCAGCGAAGAGGCUCGUAAAGAGUUCUACGAAAUUGCUCAUGAUAAAAAAACACCUCUCGUAGAACUCAGAAAACAUAUGGAAGAAUGGGCUAAGAAGCAGGGAGAUGCUGUUGUAGUCGAAAUGCAUAAUUUUGAAACAAGCAAAAGACAACAUCAGAUAGCGACACACAAGAAAGUAAACGUUGUAAUCGGUCAGCUUACACGUGCACAUAAUGAGGUGCACAAGAUUAUCACAAACGACUCAUUGUCCAAGGAAGAAAUGUUCGAGAAACUUCGAGCUAUCGAUAUCGAUCCAGCGACAGGCCCAUCACUAAGAAGUAUUAUACUGACUGUUGCACAUCUUCACGAUAAACAUCACCAGCAUCAUCAUCAUCACCAUUCGCACCACACUUCACACGAAUACGAAUACGAAGGCAUGGGACCACUUGCAACGAUUCUGGUACACGAUGAAUCACUGCAAAUUGGACCAGCAGAACAGCAAGAGACUGCAUGA